GACGAGCAAAUGCCGAUAAGCCGGUGAAGAGUCGUCGGGCAGUGCCAUGACAGCUCAGAACUGAUUUCACCACCGCCCACGUUGUGCCCUCUCCACACGGGCCCGAGGCAUCGCAAACGUUUCCAUACCAUUGAUACACAUCGCUUAGGUAGCGUGCACACAAAUAAACCUAACUGCUUUCAAGAUGGCCGCGAUGUUGCGCUCGCGCGCCUACGUGGCGCACCAUGGAUACCAGCGGCAGCUGCGCUUCUGUACACCCACCAGGCAUGUGGCGCACGCCGGCUUCGCGGAGGGCGCCGCGGCGACUGGCGCGCCAAACACGCAGCCGGAGGCCGCCGAGGAGGUAGCCCAGCUGCGGACCAAGCUGGCGGCAGCCGAGGCCAAGUUGGCUCAGGCGACAGCGCAGGCCAAGCUGGCUCAGGCGACCUCGCUAAAGACCAAGCUGCGCACGCUCUUCAAAGAGGGGGCGAGCUGGCUUCUGGUGGCGGCGUGUUUCUGCGUACUCAUGCGAGCAUUCUUCAUGAAGGACCCCAUCAUGGCUGGGGCGUUGCUCCUGCCCAUCGUCAGGUUCACUGACGUCAUCUCAGAAGUCAUCUCAUUGGCGCUAACUGCGAUGCGAGCCAAGCUGCGAGAUGAGUAAGAGAUUUAGUAGGACGCACGUGUUGGCCGUACCGCCGGCGGCGCACGCUGGCAAGGUCAAGCAAUCUGGGUCUGCAACGCGGGCGCCCGGACGCAGACGGUGUGCGGGUGCUGACGGGGUGGUAGAGCGUCGGGAGCUUGGGGACAUGCGAUGGUGCGUGUGCGAUGCACCAUGAGACAGGACAAGGGCACGGAACAAGGGGCAGGAAUGCAGGAUGGCGUAGUGCGGCGUAGUCCCUUCCUAUCAUUGGCAGCGCAUUCCCAAACCCUACCUAGGAUUCAACAACCAAGGUGCGACGGCAAGGCGUGAGCGCGCGGCUGGUCGAACGCCGGAGUUACUGUGCCGAAGAGUCAUCGCUGGCAGGCUGGCAGUUUGCUGCUGACGCGCAUGCCUCACGCCGGCUCCGGCAGGUGCCGGGCCACGCAAUAAUGUCGAACGAAGUUAGGGAGCUGGGAUUGAAUGAUGGGGAGAGCCCGUAGAGGGCUGGGACUGAUCGUUGAUGUGGUUAGCGAACUGCAAGGAAGUUGAAACGGGACACCGACCUCAUGCCCGCGGGGACCGUACGUUGGUCAUGAUGGCGGUUGUGCUGGAAGGAUGGAGGUGAGAACGUGACGACAUCCUGCACCAACGCGUGAGGAGGAAGGGUUUUGAGCGAGUUCGGAGUGUUUGCAGUUACUAAUACUAUGGAUGCUGGUGGGGACUGAGCGGGCAUGACGGCGCAGGUGGUGGAUGUCACAAGUGUAUUGCGGAUGCCUCGGUCAUUCCACACCCGCCCUGACGUGUCAAGACAUCCCACUCGAGCUGUGGGAGCCACGAGGCCGCAGCCUACCUCGCAACUCGCGGGCGACUGCUAGUAAGCUGGAGUCAAACUUGGGGUUAUGGACAGCGCUCGUAUCUUCCUUCGUUCGGAACGAAAUUUGCCCAAAAAGGCCUCUGGCGGACGAAAUUUUUGUGAUCUUGGCUUGGAAUUUCGGCCAAAACGCACUGGAUCUUGGGGGGUCUUUCGGCAAACAGACGAAGACAUUUUGGGGAUUUCGGCCACUUGUGGCCAAGGACAGGGGGUUCCAGCGGCUACUCCACGGCCGAAACCUGCGUGUCAUAUGGUAAGAAGGCUCAAAGGGCUGUAUCUAUGGGUGUUGACGGCGGGAGACAGGGGUUCCCCUGGCGGGAGAGUGAGGUUGGGUCGGCGGGAAGCAGGGGAGGAGUGGGCGUGUCGUGUCGGUGUCGACAUCGUGCGGGUCGUCAACUGAACGAAGCCAUUUUAAGGAAUUCGGCCACUGGCGCCGCCCCUGCCUUCGUAAGAUACGAGCACUGGUUAUGGAUACUUGCAGGGCAUAUGGCUUGUCAGUAAGGCGCAGCUGCAUGCAAAGCACCGGUCUGCAGACCGAACGUAUGAAGCCAUGUCGGUGCCCUGCUGGGCCGUGGGCGCCCAGUCAUGCUAGGUCUGCUCUGCCCUACGCUUCGGUCCCCCAGCGAGCCCCAUGUCUGCCGCAUCCCCUUACAUCAUGAUAUCGUCCCCAACCUGACGCUUGCGGGGCACGCCCCAUGGACCGCUUCGCUGUCCGCUAGUGGGAAGGGGGGGAGAAGGGGCGGCACCAACACCUGCCUGUGAUUUCAGCAUCCACCGGCGAUAUCAUGCAU